GCGAAGCAGUUCUGACCAGGAGAUAUUUAGCUUCUUGUGGCAUACAUUUUCAACGGUAAUGGAAGAAAUAAUAUUAUCAGCUUUGAGCAUAGCUGUGGAUGUCGAAGAAGACCAACAGAAAAUACAUUUUUUGUGUGUAUUUAUCGACAAAUUAAAGAUAUUGCGCAACAAAUCGCCAAAAUAUCUCCGCCGUAGUUUUAUUUGCUUUGAAGAAGGAGUUAAAUUGUUGAAAGACGUUGACUGGUCAGCUGCAAAAGAACAAUCGUCACUGACACAGCAACCCACGAAAAAAUCAUGUUUAGCGUAUUUUAAAAAAGCCGGUGAAAGAGCGAAGACAGCUUUCUUUAAUAAUGCGUCAUUGAACUUCGAAGAGAAAAUAACAGCAAGCAAGAUUCGCAUUGCCAGCGCUAUUCUUCAAAAUUUGGAUGACUGUGAGUUAGCAACAAUUGAUUGCAUAGCAAGCUUGAAGGAGUUAAACACUGAAGUUUUCGCCGGAGAAAAUUUAAAACUUGUCAAAGACCUAGAAGUUGGCAUCCUUGACUCUAUCAUAUAUGUGAACUUCACGUUGGCGAGUUUUAUACAUCAGCACACUUGCAAAAGGAUGUCUGUUAUGGAAUGGCCCAUGAUUCAUUAUGGUGAGCAGUUAAUUCAUCCUUUCUAUCACAAGAAAAUCGAAAAAAUGACGAACGCGUCCCUACCUUGGUAUGCAAUUCACUUUCAAAAGAACGACGUAGACUUUAUAAACAAGAAAAUGGUCGUAACCAAUGAAGGAGAACUGCUAAUUUUUGAUGGAAAGAAACUUCAAAAACUUGACAACAAAACUAAAAAGCUUCAACCAUGGUGUGUAGAAAACUUUGACUUUGAAAAUAGGCAAGUAAGAUGCAUGAACGUUGUUAAAAAUGGUGUAUAUUUACUGUUGGAUCAUAAAGACAAACCGAACGGCAAUUAUCUGUUGGCACUUUGUUCGGAAUGUAAAAUUCUUCAAAAAUCAUCUUUGAACUUUCUUGAUGACAAACAAUUUCGUAAAUUUUUUCUGGUUGCAAUACCAAACAAUAAAAUUGUCAUGGCUGUUGUCGAAAGUUCUAAAUCUGACGUCAUAAUAUACGUAUGUAACAAGAAAGGUGACAUAAUUAAGGACUUUGUUGCAAAAGAUAAUCAUAAACCAAUUGAAGGUGAAAUGAAGUGUUUGUCCGUCUGCUCAAAUGAGAACAUAGCCAUUUUAACUUAUCAAUUUCCUCGAUUAUACCAAAUCAUUAUUUGCACCUUGAACGGAGAAUGUGUUAGAAAAAUGAAAUUUCAUCCGCAUGCUAACGAGAUCAAAGUAUACAAUCAAGUCAUACCCACUCCCAACUCCUUCACUGGUUUCUACUUCAAAUAUGAUAAAACAAUGCUAGUAAUUGAGACAUUUUCCAUUGACACUGGAGAAUUUAAGUCAAAAAUUAGGCUGAUGAAUGGCAGGGUACGAUCCAGUAAUGUUUAGCAGCUCAACGCGUCUCGUUCAUCAUCUUAACGGACAGGUGGCUUUGGUUUCUAGAGAAUGUAUGAUAAAAAUAUGCAAAGAACAUAGUGUGCACGGAGCCAUGAAACCGACUUUGAAAUGGAAGAUAUUGGAGAAAGAUUCAGUCAAAUCGAUCUCAUUGCCAGUUAGGCAUCAUCUAGAGGCAAUGAAGAAUAAGUGGGAAGAGUUUUUUGACGUUGUAAGGCAAGAGUUACGACAAGAACUAGCGGAAGAAAUACGGCAAAAACUAUGUGAUGAGCUACAGGAAGACGUACGGCACGAGCUACGGACGGAACAACGAGACAAUGUCCGACAAGAGCUGCGAGAAGAUGUAAGGUUGGAGUUACGGCUAGAACAACAAGAAGAUGUACGGCAUGAGUUACGUGAGGAGCAACGAGAAGAUGUACGGCAUGAGCUACGGGAGGCUCAACGGGAAGACGUACGGCAUGAGCUACGGAAGGAGCAACGGGAAGACGUGCGACAUGAGCUUCGCAAUGAGCAACGAGAAGAUGUACGGUAUGAGCUACGAGAAGAGGAACGAGAAGAUGUACGACAAGAGCUACGAAAAGACCUACGGCAUGAGCUGCGAGAAGAGCAACGAGAAGAUGUACGACAUGAGCUACGGGAGGAGCAACGAGAACAUGUACGGCAAGAGCUACGGGAGGAGCAAUGGGAAAAGGUACGGCAUGAGCUACGAAGAGAGCAACGAGAAGAUAUAAGACAUGAGCUUCGGAAGAAGCAACUAAAAGAUGUACGACAAGAGUUGCGGGAGGAGCAACGGGAAGCAGUACGGCAUGAGCUACGCAAGGAGCUACGAGAAGAUGUGCGACAAGAGUUACGAAAACACGAGCGACAGAAAAUGCUCCUUGAGAACAAAGCUCUAAAACUAGUCAGAGACCUAUCGGAACAUUUAAAAGACCCGUUAAUAGAGAGAUUAAACCGAUUUCAUGUUGACGUUCUCUCAGAAAUUGCUACAAACAUGUUGGAGGUGCAUUGUUACGUGCAUAACAGUGCUGACUUAUUGGCUAAGUUGAAAGAAAACAAAAUCAGGUUUCUGUUUCGUGAGUUUCGAAGGAAAGAUCAGUUUAAGGAUGUUGUCCUUUGGAUGAGAAAAAAAUUUCCUGUUGGCAGCACGGGUCCUUUAAAUUGUGAUGAUGAAGAAAAAACUGAGAAAAUGAACUUUGGCAUUCGAAGGGAGGUCUCGAUACGUUUGAAUUCGAAAAACUGUUGGGAAACCGUUGCGAGCCACCGCGUUAUGGACCUGACAAUAAUUGACAUCCGCAAAUUUAUGAAGUCUGAGAAUCCUGCUGAGGAAGUGAUAUCUCGAUGGGAAUCCAAGAAUAAAUCAACCGUUGGAUUGCUGUAUGAUCUACUGGUAGAUUGCGAAUUGUACAAUAUUGCUGAUCUUUUAUAAUGCAAAAACAAUGUUUAUUAUAAUGCCGGGAAAAUAAUUGUGAACUCCAGUGUCACGUAUGUGUAUCUGCUAGAGGCCCGAUGCGUAUUAAUUCUGAUUAUUUAGUUUUGCUUUGAAAAAUUUUCAUCGUUCACUCACUGCAACAUGAUGAUAGUGUUCUGAAAUUCACGUAGCAGUACUAAAACUUGAGGGAUGGCAACAUUUCGAGGCAGUAUUAUUUAUUCCUUCAUUAUUUGCAUGUCACCUUCAAAUAUUGUAAAUAUGUUAACAGAUGUUUUUGGACUUUUGGUGAGCAAGUUAAGGCUUGGCUGCCAUGAUGAAUAAUUUUAACAAAGGAUUUUAUUUAUUUACAAUGCAAAACUUACAUCCAACAUGGCACAAAUUGCACUAUUCUCUCACUCUCAAGGGAAUUCUCGCAAACCUCCAAUUGUUAAAAUAUCGUAUAUGUUUUUUUCAUUAUUAUUGAUCUGCACAAUUCCCUUUUUUGUGAUAUUCUUCAUUUCAAAGCGAAAUAAAAGGGCUUGUACAACUUUAA